GCGGGCCCGGCCGCCAUUUUGUAGUGGGAGGGUCGGCCGGCGGCCUGCGCAUGCGCGCGGAGCGGCGCGUCCCAGCGGCGGGGCGGCGUGUGGAGCGGCGGCCAUGGGGUUGGGGCAGAACGCGCCCGUGCGGGUUGAAUGGAUUGCUGCAGUCUCCUUAGCUGCUGGAGCAGCUGCUGUUGGGUAUCUAGCUUACAAAAAAUUUCUCUCUAAAGACAAAUGUUGCAAAGCAAUGGUGAAUCCCAGUGUCCAGAAGGAUAACCCCAAGGUAGUCCACGCAUUUGAUGUGGAAGAUCUGGGAGACAAGGCUGUGUACUGUCGUUGUUGGAGAUCCAAGAAGUUCCCGCUGUGUGAUGGCUCUCACAUAAAGCACAACGAGGAAACUGGUGACAACGUUGGGCCUCUGAUCAUCAAGAGGAAGGAGGCGUAGAGCCGACAGUAGAAGCUACAAAAUGAAUGUCUGACAAAUCCUCUGCUCACUUGUAACCGGGGGAAAAACCACAAAUUCUUUGUCGUGUCGCUGAAGCCUUUCCAGUGUAGUCUAUACAUCAGGCUUCAGCAUGUGUAUUUUUUCUGGUGCUUGUCUUGUUUUAAUCACUACAAUGCAUAAUUUACUAAAUAGCCAUGGUUUAAAUUUUUUGUCCUGUGAAGUAGCUGAACCAUCUAAUUGAGUAUGAAACUAAAAUGACGCACAGAAUGUACGUCAUCAGAAAAUAGGUAUUAAAUUUUUUUCAAAUACACGUGUACUAUGAGGCUAUUCAGUAGAAUGUGUGUUCAAAAUGUAGGUCCUAAAAUCCUGGAGAGGUUCUAAAGUCACAGGUCUGGAUAGAUUUCUAUGUAAAAGGCAAUGUCAGGGGAGAAGUCAUGGGGCCAAAAUGCAGCUUAACCUCUGAUUGUGCUGCAUUUUCUGCAGGUGUCAUGUUUGGCCCGUUACACUGCUGUUCUGUGUGGCUUCUGUAAAAGAACAAAUUUUAAAUUGCUAACUAUGAACAGACAAACAUUAAAGGCUUACAGCAGGAUGAGGCUAAAGGGCAACUUUACCUUUGAUUUUACAGCAGUGUUGAAAGUUGACCCUACUACCAUACGUACCGUACUACUGAACACACUACUGGAACUGCAGACCUGUGUUUAGAGCGGGAUUAGGAAGGUGGUCUCUGCGAGAGCUUUCUUAACGGGCGAGUGGGAUGAUUCCGAGUGCUCCAAGAGUGAUGGGCAGGGGUUGGCAGAGUUGUCUUUGCUGCCAGAAAGCCUUAGUUUCACUUGCGGUCUCUAGCAGUUUAAGCUAAUGUCCCCAGACCACAGGACACUUCUGUGGGGGAGGCUAUGCCAAUUUAUUCCAGAAGCAAAAAUAAAAACUAAAAUGCCACCCACACUCUUAGUGUCUGCUCCAUCCUUGCUCUGGCUGGUUCCGGAGGCCUUGUCCUGCUGCGGAGGGGAGGUACACCAUUCUUACUAAGUGGCCUUAGGCUCUGUGUCUUAAAACUCCUUCCUCCCUGGGCUACCUGUUAAUGUGGUUCAGCUAAUUUUACCGAAAUAACUGACAUAGACACGGAAGGGCUUUGACGACAGCAAAAAACAAAGGGGAAAGAAAGGAUGAGACAAGGAGAGCUCUUACCCUUCUUCCGUAUGGCCCUUGUCUGACAUGGUUGCAUUAAUGGCUAUCAUGUUGGUUUCCUUAAAUUAAAUAGCUCUGAUUUAUUAACAUGCAAAUGACUACAAAGCAAAACCCAAAGAGUGGGGUGGCAGAGGGCAGUUUUGUAUUAAACCUGGUCUGUUAGUCUCGGUGUCCUGGGACAGAGACUACCUCAGAGCUGGAGAAAGGCCUUGUCAAAAACUGACAUUUCAACCUGGAUCCUAAAGGAUUCUUCCACGUGUUUGGGGCAGUAGACGUUUGGUUUUGUUUUGUUUUAAAGGGUUUGGUUGAUAGAACUGGUUCUGAUUAAAGAAAAUGUUUUGCGUAUUCUCAGUGUGAGACUUUCAGAGGCCGAGGUCUUGGCUGACUGGUCUGAACUUCGGCAGAAGGCACAAAAAGAAGAGAAGAGAAGGUGCCACAGAGGUGGAGAAAGGGUUUGGGGCAACCGCUGUCUGUGAGAGACCUCUGCCUGUAAGAAGCGGCAGUCAAAUAGAUUUAGUUCCGUCUUUUUUUCCUGUCUUGACUGUAAAGGUACUUGUUAUUUUUUACGUGGCUGAGUACUGAUGCAUAUGGAAAGCUGUUUUAACGUUAAAUUAUCAAAUAUCUUGCUUUUAUUGAAAACAAAGUUAUUUCUGUUUUAUUAGAAUAUGGCACUGGAUAUUUCUGUAUUUUUGUCAAAUACACAGAGCUCAUCUUAA